AUGUUCGAUUCUCUAGCACAUCUCAACACUGCACCGGUAACACUUGCGCUUGGGGCCUUACCUCUUGGUCUCCUUCUUUUCCGGUACUUACGGCCUGCACCACGACUCACUCAGAUCCCACCAACCCAAGAGAGAGUCCUCAUAUUAGGUUCAACGAGUGGAGUAGGUCGUACCCUUGCUCAUCAAUACGCGAAGCGAGGUGCACGAAUAUGCUUGGUAGGACGGAGGGAGUCGAUGCUUCAAGAGGCUGCUGAGGAAUGCAGGAAGUUAUGUGAAAGCGAUCGUGUGUUGUGUGUACGUGGAGAUUGCGCAAGCGUGGAAGACAUGGCAAAGGUGCGUGACGCGGUGAUCAAAGAGUGGGGUGGCAUCGACACGCUUAUAAUCACGGCUGGUGUUUCUGCCCUUCAACCAUUGAUGACAGUUGCUGGAGUGACUGCUUCCAAAGACGGUCUUUCUCUGCCACAUGCCACUGCUGAAGCCACUAACCGCGCGGUUAGUGUCGCUAAAACAGCCAUACAUGGCAAUUUCUUCGGUCCAUACGUUGCCGCGAUCACAUUUAUACCUCUCCUCACGUCCUGUUCCACGUCACCGUCUAUCCUUCUCCUUUCAAGUGUGGCAGCAAUCAUUCCUGCGCCAACACGCACCCUCUACGCUUCUACUAAAUCAGCUUCCCUAAUACUCUUUCAGGCUCUCGCAAUCGAGCACCCCCGUAUAUCAUUCGUGUCCUUCCUUCCCGCAACAAUCGAGGGGGACUUCCGCGCGUCCGCGGUCGACACACCGCCCGGCUCUUCUCCCGUUAUACACGAGGCUGACCCGAACAAACAUGGCUUGCGACGCGAGGUGGUGGCAACACGCUGUAUUCAGGCCAUUGAUCGUAAAGAGAAAACAGUCCUUAUGCCCCAGUACAUGCGAAUUGGACACAUUUUGUAUUGGAUCUGGCCAGCAUAUGUAGAGUGGAGGGCAAGGGUGAAGUAUAAUUUUAGGGAGAAUCCCUUAGAGUCUUCUCAGAUGGAUAAAUGGACACUUUAG